AUGGUACGACGUUGGCGCGGGACAUUAACGCAGCCAUUCGCGGUUAAACUCUUCGACGGUAUCUGGAAUGCACAUCCUCGGUUUGCAACAAGAACAGUUCUGGUGAAAAACAAUGACGUGGACUCUGCAUUUAGCCUCUUGAACAGAUUGAUGGAUGCGGAAGGGUUACUGAAGAUCAUUCGUCGAACUCAGUACUACCAAAAGCCCUACAUGCAACGAAAUCAGCUUUCCAUAGAAGCGUCUUCUGCGAUAUUUAACGAGGACAUGAACCGGAAAAUGCAAUUCUUGAUGAGGAAGAAUCGUCCUGAUGCCUUUCCAGGCCAGAUAACGUCGUAA